UGAAUAAAUCAGAUGUAAAUCACAAAUAAUCCCACAAAUUUUUGUCAAGCUUUAUUUUUUUUCUUUGUUAUUUUAAGUGUAUAUAUCUAUGAAGGUAAAUCUAUGAAAAUGCUUUAUCUAAUCCAAACUAAAUUCUGACUAGGGAGCACAUAUGCUGAUUAGAGCUAGCCUCACAAAUAUUAAGGGAUAUACCCUGUCGUCUAUAAUUUCCAGGAGGAUCCAUUUCAUUCUCUUAUUUGAUGCCUUAUCUUUGGUACCUUCAAUAAUCUUUCAGUAUUCCAGACUUCACUAUGUAGAUGACACAGGUUACUUCUGCUUUACGUGAACGAAGAGUCUAUGCUGCUUUUUUAUGUCAUAUAUGUUUUCUUUUUAAUUUUUCUGCAGGCACUCCUAUAAUUGUCAAAAAUGCAUCUUCUUUUUUAUUAUAUUGUAUUGUCUUCUUACAACCCUUUAUAAUUGCAAUAAGUGUCAUUAUUAACACACAAAUCUCUAAUUUCUUUUCAAAGCAAUACAGUACAUACUGCAUCUGUUCAAUUAGUGUCAUGCUAGGAAAUGGUUAUUGGAGAAAUAUACGUUCUUUCAAAUAUCCGUCUGUAUGGUAUUGUAAAUUCAACUACAAAAAGAGAAUUCGGUUAUGUUCAUCUAUAAAACAGGAUGCUAGUUCUUCGACACGUAUAAAUUAUGCCAACAUUCAAAUGAUAUCACCUGGUUUACACAAGCAAAUCUUUCAAGAUGUUGCAGAAGCUUAUUGUGAUGAUGUGGAUAUAUUACAUAAAACCAAAGAACACUUGACAGCUCACGAUUUGUGGGGGAAACCAUCUUCUGUUACAGAAAAUGUUGACUUCGAAAUACCUGAUCUUACUGGAAGUAAUAUUGCAGACCACUUUGAAAACAUUGCAAGUACUCAAUGCAAUGAAUAUUUUACUAAAGCUGAACAUAUGGCUAAUGCAUUGACUAAGAUACCUUGUAAACCGAGAAAUUGGCAGUUUUGCUGUGGAUGGACAAAGUAUAAUCCUGAUGGAACAUACGAAAGUGUAGUGGCUCCUGACGAAAAUGUUUUAGUUUUUGAUGUGGAGAUUUGUUUGUCUUUUGGAAAAGCACCUAUACUCGCUACUGCCGUUUCUAAAUCAGCUUGGUAUUGUUGGGUAAGUCCUAUCUUGUUGGAGAAUGAAACCAAAGUUGCUGACACAACCCUUACUCCUGAACAUAUGAUCCCUAUGAAAGCAUCAAAUCGAAAAAAACUUCUUAUUGGCCACCAUGUCUCAUUUGAUCGUGGAUUUGUUAAGGAACAAUAUGAACUCAAAGAUGAUGGAAAUCGUUUUUUGGAUACUCUAAGUUUACACAUGUGUGUAUCAGGUGUAACAACUGAGCAAAGGAACUAUAUGAACACUAAAAAUCCAGUAGUUUACGAUUGGAUGGAAUUUGGCUCUACAAACAGUUUGGCAAAGAUUUAUGAGUUUUAUUGCAAUGAAUCUCUGGAUAAAAGUACAAGAGACUAUUUCAUAGAAGGAACUUUGGAUGACAUAAGAGAGAACUUUCAAGAAUGCGUUCAGUAUUGUGCAAUGGAUGUUACUGCCACACAAAAAGUAUUUGAAAUUCUCUGGCCCAUGUUUCUUCAUCAUGCACCACAUCCUGUAACGUUCUCUGGCAUGUUGGAGAUGGGCUCUGCGUAUUUACCCAUCAAUGAAACUUGGAGAACUUACAUUCAAGAGGCGGAAGAUAUGUAUACAGCUAUCCAAAAUAAAAUGAAAAAAUCCUUGAUGGCAAUAGCUAAUGAUGUGUUGGAAUUAUUGAUCAAUGAAAGAUACAAAGAGGAUCCUUGGUUAUGGAAUUUAGAUUGGUCCCUGCAUAAAUCUGUUACCUCCAACGAAAAUUACAUUGCCAAAAUGUAUGACGCUUGGAUGUACAAGGGUGAUGUUCAUACAUUAAUAGAAGAUUCAACAGAAUUUUUAUCUGAAAAACGAAAGCAGCAGCUGCAUCUUGCAGGUUACCCUAAAUGGUAUCGUGACUUAUGCAUGCGUCCUAACCAGCCCAACUAUAAACCCGGUCCUGUGAAUAUUUCCUCACAAACAAAGAUUACACCAUCAAUUCUUCGUAUGACAUGGGAUGGAUAUCCAUUGCAUCAUGAACGGAAACACGGUUGGGGUUAUCUUGCACCACAGAAAGAUGCAAAGUAUUUAGAAGAAAAGAAUGAAGAAAUGUGUAAAGAAAAAAGAUUUCCCUUAAAGAAUUAUUUAAAGGUUAUUAAACAACGAGAAAUUGACAAGCAGAAUGAAGAAACAGACAUUGAUAUCGGAGCAGAAAUAUUUCAGGAUGAAGUCAAAAAGGAAAAAGCAAUCAAUAUUGGUCUUCCUGGUGUUGUUUUCUAUAAAUUACCACACAAGGAUGGUAGUGCAUUUAAUGUUGGAAACCCACUUGCAAAAGACUACUUAGUAAAAAUUGAAGAUGGCACUCUUGCUUCAACAGGAAGUUUUAACGCAAAACAACCAAUACAGAUGAACAAGAUGUUGGCAUUUUGGAGAAAUGGAAGGAAAAGAAUAAGAUCGCAAAUGACGGUAUGGAUAGAUGAUGAAAAAUCAAGUUCGAAAGGAGUGAUCUUACCACAGGUUAUAACGGCUGGUACUGUCACCAGACGUGCCGUCGAACCAACAUGGCUGACAGCAAGCAAUCCCUUGCCCGACCGUAUUGGAUCUGAAUUGAAAUCAAUGAUUCGCUCUCCUCCUGGUUAUUGUUUUGUUGGCGCUGAUGUGGACAGUCAAGAAUUAUGGAUUGCAUCUUUGUUGGGUGACGCUCAAUUUGCUCAAAUUCAUGGUAGUACUGCGUUAAGUUGGAUGACAUUGCAGGGACAAAAGUUAGACAGGACGGAUCUCCACAGCAAAACAGCAGAUACGAUUGGUAUAAGCAGAGAACAAGCUAAGAUCUUUAAUUACGGUCGUGUGUAUGGAGCAGGGGAGAAGUUUGCUGUCCGUUUGUUGAUGCAGUUCAACCACAAGUUGACCUUCCCACAAGCAGAAAAAACGGCUGCCAAAUUAUACGAAGCAACAAAGGGAAUUCGAGUGUUCAAAUUGACGCCUAAGGGCAGACAGAUAGCUGAAGAGCUAGACAUCUCAACAGAUGGAGUAAUCAGUUAUAACAGCUUAAAAAGAAUACUCUAUGAGACAGGCCUCACGUGGGAGACACGUGAUGCUGUCGUGGAGAUCAGAAAGGUGUGGCAUGGUGGGAGCGAAUCAGAAAUGUUCAACAAACUGGAAGAAAUUGCGUUGUCUGAUGAACCGAGAACUCCAGUGCUUGGAUGUAUGAUAACAAAUGCCUUGCUGCCCAAAUAUGUUCAUGCACACUACAAAACAAGUCGUGUGAACUGGGUGGUGCAGUCGUCAGCCGUAGAUUAUUUACACUUGAUGUUGACCUGCAUGAAAUGGCUAAUCACGAAAUAUCAGAUCGACGCAAGAUUUUGUAUAUCUAUACACGAUGAGGUGCGUUAUAUUGUGAGCGAGAAAGACAAAUACAGGGCUGCGUUAGCGUUACAAAUCACUAAUUUGCUGACCAGAUCUAUGUUUGCAUACAAGCUUGGCAUGUUUGAUUUACCACAGUGCGUAGCAUUCUUCAGUGCAGUGGAUAUUGAUAAAGUGUUACGAAAGGAGGUCGAUAUGGAUUGCGUUACUCCCUCUAAUCCUGAUGGCCUGCAAAAACGGCAUGCCAUUCCACCAGGAGAAUCGCUGGAUAUCUAUGAGCUGCUAAAAAAGACAAACAAUGGAAAGUUAGAGACGUGAUCGAGAACAAAGUGGAUUUUACAUAACUCAAUUAAAAAUGAUGAUCCGAAACUUAGGCGGGUGUAUAAUCGCAGUCAACCUGAUGAAACCCGAAAGUCAAGCAUUUAAACCCGAAAGUCAAGCAUCAUUUAUUGCUGCGGAUUCAUGUAGCUAGGACAGCAUGCGGUAACCGAAUCAGGCUCGUUCGAUAUUUGACUGGUUGCUGGGAAGAUUCCCUGUGGAAUGUUAAUUGUUUCCAUAUUUUCGAUGAGUCGCAUGAACUUUCGUUAAUGAGAACAAAAUUACAAAGCUUUGACUAACGUUAUGGUUAAAAUAUUUUAAUGGUGGUCUCAUUUGUGACCCUCAUUAAUAAACCUGUGUGUAUAUUGUUACGAUAAAUGCAUUCACUGCUGGUAUA